CACUCGCGGUCUCCCUCCCUCCCUCCCUCACGUCACGUCACACGCGUCGCGUCGCUCGCUUGCCUUCGCCCUCGUGUCGAGCACUCUCUCCCUCUUUCCAUUCCGGCUCCAACCAACCAACCACCCCCCCCCCCCCCACCACGGCGAGAGCCGCCGUACAGCCAGCAAGCUGCCGCGCGGCGCGAGGUCGCCGAGGCUCGGGGGCCGGCGGGCGGAUGGCGUCGUCGAGGGUGAUGGCGGCGGCGGCGGCGUCGUCGUCGUCGUCGCCCCCGCCCCCGCCCCCGGCGGCGGCCGCGGCCGGCGGGGCCGCCGAUCUCGCGCGGUUCAGGAGCACCAGCAGCGGCAUCGGAUCCAUGAACAUGGACGACAUCCUCCGCAACAUAUACGGCGAGGCCGCGCCGCCGCCUGGGGCCGCCGGCUCGGCCCCGGCCCCGCCCCCGGCGGGGGAGGCGGCGGGGGCCCCCGUGGCGGAGGUCGCCGCGCGGCGGACGGCGGAGGAGGUGUGGAAGGAGAUCUCGUCCUCGGGAGGGCUAUCUGCUCCCGCUCCAGCUCCCGCGGCCGGCGCUGCGGGUAGGGGUGGCGGGCCUGAGAUGACGCUGGAGGAUUUCCUGGCUAGGGAGGAUGACCCUAGGGCAACGGCCGUGGAGGGGAAUAUGGUUGUGGGGUUCCCUAAUGUAACGGAGGGUGUGGGUACAGCAGGAGGAGGAAGAGGCGGCGGCGGCGGCGGGAGGGGGAGGAAGCGGACGCUGAUGGAUCCAGCUGACCGCGCAGCGAUGCAGCGGCAGAAGCGAAUGAUCAAGAACCGCGAAUCUGCGGCGAGGUCCAGGGAGAGGAAACAGGCGUAUAUCGCAGAGCUGGAGGCUCAGGUCGCGGAGCUUGAGGAAGAACAUGCACAGCUGUUAAGAGAACAGGAGGAGAAAAAUCAAAAGAGGCUUAAGGAGAUCAAGGAACAAGCCGUUGCAGUUGUCAUAAGGAAAAAAACACAAGAUCUACGAAGAACCAACUCAAUGGAAUGGUAGAAGUAACCCAAUUUCUGUUGUUACUCUCUUACAGCUACAGAGAUUCUCCCGUUUUCUGUUUCCCCUAGCUGAUGUUUCAGGCGACUUGGUAGAAUAGUCAAGGCUUUCAGGUGACAUGAAAUCUCAAAUGCCAUCAGAAGGUGUAGCUGUGCGUGAUCAAAAUGUCACGCCAUUCAGAAUUGGUCUGCGAUCUGUUAUUUAUUUGUCAUCAGGCUCAUGCGGCUAACUGUGUGUACAAACAAGAAUAAGCCGGUUUACAUGAAAGGUAGAUUAAUGUUACAGAUCUGA